AUGUCUACUGUCGGCCCUACCAUCGUCCUUGCCCCCGGUGCUUGGCAUACUGCAGACUGCUUCGACGCCUUGCGUGAUGCACUUCAUGCCAAGGACUGGCUUACAGAGGCUGUAGAGUAUCCUUCUGUCGGUGCUGAGCCUCCGACAAAGGGACUGGCUGACGAUGCAAGCGCCGUGCGUUCUGUGCUCGAGCGCCUGGCCGACGAGGGCAAGAAGAUUGUGCUGGUGGGACAUUCUUACGGUGGGCUUGUCAUUGCGAACGCGGUCAAAGGAUUGGGAUACAAGCAGCGCCAGAACGACGGCAAGGUUGGCGGCGUCAUCAUCAUGGUGUACUUGGCGGCCUUUGUCACUCCUCUCAACGGGAGCAUUAUUCAAAUGCUUGGGGGCAAUUUCUUGCCGUGGAUGAGGGCUGAUGGAGAAUACGUCUACGCCGAUACUCCCGAGAAGAUAUUUUAUCACGACGUACAACCCGAGACUCAGAAGAAAGUCCUUUCUGCAUUGAAGCACCAAUCUCGCCGCGUGUUCACAGAUGUUGUGACCUACGAGCCUUGGCACGACAUCGACUGUCUCUAUUUCUUUUGCGAUGACGACCAAGCCCUGCCGUUGCCGAUACAACAGGGCCUAGCGCUGAGCCUGGGCCCAAAUGCACCCAGUUUCCAUGUUAAGGCCUCCCAUUCGCCAUUCCUUUCGAAGCCUCAAGAGGUAGCAGAGGGGCUGGAAUAUGCGGCCAAGGUUGGUCUGGACAAAAUAUCCGGGCAGUGA